AUGAGAAAGGUGAACAAUGACAGCAUGUCCCCGCCGCGAGCGAUGACCCUGCUGGGCGCCGGGGGUCGCGAGCCGCCGGCGGGGCCCGCCCGGCACCACGCGCCCCUCAACCCGCCCUUGAUACCACGUUUUAUAAAAAAAAUCACGCUUAUUAGGCUAUAUCUACUAUUUCUACGAGUGAUAUCAUAUUUACGCAAAAGCUUACUACCGCAGGCGCGUGCGAACUUAAAUUUUCCAAAGCGUCCGCUUGUCAAAUUAAAAGCGGUUGUGAAUGUGUUUGCAUUUCGAACUAGUACAUUGUUUUGCGAUAUUAAAUCGUUGUUAAUAAAUGCUAUAGUGCAAUUAUUCGUUGUUGCCAAGUGUGUUGUGUGCGUGACGCGUGUUCGGGGUUGUGGGAUAAUAAUCCUGUUGCUCACGUUAAGCGGACUCUGUAAGUACAGCGACGGAAAGCGUGAUAAUGACUUGCAUAUUGGCGGAAUUUUUCCCAUGGAGGGUGAAGGAGGCUGGCAGGGCGGGCAAGCGUGCAAACCAGCUGCUGAGCUUGCUCUACUCGAUGUAAACGCAAGAUCAGACCUUCUGUCGGGAUUCAAACUACUUUUGCACAGCAACGAUAGCAAGUGUGAACCUGGCCUCGGAGCGAGUGUGAUGUACAAUUUACUGUACAAUCCCCCACAAAAGUUACUACUACUUGCGGGUUGUUCGACAGUGUGCACGACAGUUGCGGAGGCUGCGAAAAUGUGGAACCUCAUGGUUCUAUGUUACGGCGCGUCAUCGCCGGCCCUUUCGGACCGCGCGCGCUUUCCAACGCUCUUCCGAACACAUCCAUCUGCGACUGUUCAUAACCCAACAAGGAUUAAACUCAUGCAAAAGUUCGGUUGGUCACGCAUCGCUAUCCUGCAACAAGCUGAAGAAGUUUUUAUAUCAACUGUUGAAGACCUGGAAGCACAUUGCAAGAAGUCUGGUAUCGAAAUAGUAACGCGGCAAUCCUUCCUAUCAGAUCCUAGCGACGCGGUCCGAAAUCUACGUAGGCAAGAUGCAAGAGUUAUUGUUGGUCUAUUUUACGUGGUUGCAGCCAGACGAGUCCUUUGUGAAGUCUAUAAGCACAAGCUUUAUGGAAAAUCUUACGUCUGGUUCUUUAUUGGUUGGUAUGAGGACAACUGGUUUGAGACGAAUUUGGAACGAGAAGGCUUAGAAUGCACAGCGGAACAAAUGCGAGAGGCAGCUGAGGGCCACCUGACUACAGAAGCGCUUAUGUGGAAUCAAAAUGCCAAUCAAACUACUAUCUCUGGCAUGACGUCGGAAGACUUUAGAUCACGUUUAAACGAAGCACUACGCGAAGCCGGCUACAACAUCGAUGGGGAAAGAUUUCCAGAGGGAUAUCAGGAAGCGCCAUUAGCUUACGACGCUGUUUGGGCCGUGGCAUUGGCUUUCAACAAAACAAUGGAAAAACUCGAAAAGAACGGCUUGAGUUUGAAGAAUUUUACUUACACUAACAAGAAAAUUGCGGACGACAUUUACGAGGCUAUAAACUCAACGUCCUUCCUAGGCGUGUCGGGUUUAGUGGCGUUUUCAUCUCAAGGCGAUCGUAUAGCGCUGACUCAGAUAGAGCAGUUAACGGACAACCAUUACGUGAAGCUUGGGUACUAUGACACUCAAGCAGACAAUCUCACAUGGCUUGACCGGGAACGAUGGGUUGGUGGUAAAGUACCACCCGACCGCACGGUGGUGGUGAACGAACUGCGAACUGUCUCCUUGUCAUUGUUCGCCUGCAUGACAGCACUGUGCAUCGCUGGUAUUCUGGCAGCCAUCGGGUUAAUUGUCUUCAAUAUCUUUCACAGACAUAGACGAGUGAUCCAAUGGUCACAUCCGGCGUGCAACACUGUUAUGCUCUGUGGCUGUUGUGUCUGCUUCGGUGCUGCCAUAGCUCUCGGAGUCGACGGGCGAUGGGUUCAGCCUGAACAUUUCCCAGGCCUGUGCGCUGCCAGAGCAUGGCUUCUGGCGACCGGCUUCUCCAUGGCAUAUGGGGCAAUGUUUACAAAAGUAUGGCGAGUACAUCGACAUACAACCAAACCAAAGCCAGAUACUAAGAAACGCAUGCACGGAUGGAAGCUGUACACCAUGGUAGGUGGUUUACUCGUUGUUGACGUCGCACUACUGACUGCCUGGCAGCUGCGUGACCCUCUACAGAGACGAGUAGAAAUAUUUCCUCUGGAAGCGCCGAGGCACCACGAUGACGACGUCCACAUCCGACCCGAACUGGAACAUUGCGAAAGCGAGCAUAACACUGUUUGGCUAGGAGUUAUGUAUGGCUACAAAGGACUGGUGUUAGUUUUUGGACUAUUCCUUGCAUAUGAAACUCGCUCAGUUAAAGUGCGGCAAAUUAACGAUUCUCGAUAUGUCGGCAUGAGUAUCUACAACGUUGUGGUACUGUGCCUCAUAACAGCGCCUGUGACACUGGUGAUAGCGAGCCAGCAAGAUGCAGCCUUCGCGUUUGUUUCGCUUGCCAUCGUAUUCUGCUGUUUUCUAAGCAUGGCGCUUAUAUUUAUACCCAAGGUGAUAGAGGUGAUACGUCACCCGACGGAACGCGCGGAGAGUGGCCGGGGGUCGGGUUCGGGCUCCGCACCCGCUGAUGAGGAACGGUACCGAGAGCUCGUGAAAGAAAAUGAGGAAUUGCAGAAACUUAUUGCUCAGAAGGAGGAAAGAAUUCGAGUGCUGAAACAGAAGCUGGCAGACCGAGAAGCAGCGGCCGCUGACGGAGUGACGCAAGGUACGGGGGCGGUAAUAGCUGACCUCGCCACCGCCACCUCUGACUACGGCACAUCCACAAACUACACUAGAUCUUCCCGCGCUUCCGUAUCUGACUUAGACUUCUCAGAAAGCUACCUCUAAACUCCUAUGCCUAUAUUACAAGUGAGGAAAUAAGCGAACGUUGUUGAUGUUAUAGGAAAAACAAUAAAUACUGUUUCUGUUUUUUUUUUGUGUUUGCAAUGCAUAAAUUAUUGCGGAUUAUGUUUACUGCAAAUAUAAUAGUAUGACUAUAUAAUAUUACUUUUGCUUAUUCACAAUACGAGUGGCAACGCACGAUUGUUAUUUGCUCUAUAAAUUCAAAUAUAUACGUGUUAUCUGAAAAGUAAAACAUCAAUAGCAACCUUGAAACUUGAUAAUAAUUUAACAACGACGACUUUUAAUAACGAAUGACGUUAAUGUUUCUCUGUUAAAUUAAUUUUUAAGAUUAAACUUUUAAGUAGUAAAAAAAUAUCAUGGAA